GGCACACAUGAACCUACCAAGCAAGUGAUCGUACGUCAGUCGCGAACGAGCAGGGCUGCAAUUCAAACGUGUACAACGGACAACAAACGGGAAAUAGCUUUGAUCGUGUACGAAUAGUGAUGCACUAACACGCUUAAACGAAUUUUCUGCAGUUAUUUACAAUUUAAUGUUUUGUGUUGAACAACGCAAAGUGGUAACGAAAUAGUUAAGGCAAACUUAUUUAUGUUUAAAUGUGAUUAAUUGGCCAUUAAAGAUUAAUUGUGAAACAUUGUGUAAAACUGAUUUGAAAAGUGCUUGAUGUGACACAGUUAACGGUAAAUUUUAUGUUUGAAAAACUGACCAUUAAUUUAAUGACAAAUGGAUAAAACUAAAAGCAUAACAAACCAUUCGAACUCUAAGACGUGAAAAAUUUAUUCGAAAAUUAAUUAAAAGAAAAUAUAAAAUUAAAGUGUUAGAGCAAUAAAUUAUUGUAGUGUAAGCACUUCAAUUUGCAUAAAUUUUUUCGACAUUUUGCACCUCUUUUAUAUUACUUUGAGGCAACGUUGUAAGCCAUUGAAAGUCUACACAUAGUUACAGUGCAAAUAACAACAACACUAACAACAAAUAAAAACCAAAUCGACGCCAAGAACAGCCGGCUCGUGUAGCCACAUAAUAUCGGCAAUAUUACUUUUCUGCUGACGCCACCAUUUCAUAUUUUUAACGAUAAAGUGAAUAUCGACAGUGAAGGCAUAAAAUAAAAAGAAAACGACAACAACGAAAGAGCAAGUUCACAACGCCGCGGCACGUCACUACCAGCGCCGAUUGGUGUCUUUAAAAAGCACCAUAAGCAAAGAGUGAAUGCAACUUUAGAAGAUCUGGUCAAAAAAGCAGCGGUGGUUAAAUAUACAAUUUUAGCAUACAUUUGAGACUAUGGCCAGAGAGUUUCUGCAAUCCUAAACACCGCCUCCUCUUGCUUUGCGUGCAUACAAACACAAACGAAUAAUCGGAUUCGACCUUCACCGCAACAUGUCCUCUUCGAUAUGUCCACAUUUCACGCAGAACGCGUGGAAGAAGGAUCUCUGUUCCAAUUGCUUCAAGUCUAAAGACGAACACAAAGCCGGCAACUCCACCUACAAAUACACCAGCGCCAUGGAUAGAUCGAAAUUCACCACGAAUUUAAUGUCCAAACUCGAUUUGGAUACUAAAAAGACUGAUUACCCUAACAAGCAUAAAUCACCCGCAAAAAGCAUUAUGAAGAAGUCCUUUGCUUCGCUCAAAGCCAAAACCGGCAAAAGCAAAACGCAUAAGGUUACCUUUCCGAAGAACAUCUCCGAGGUGAUUGGUGUUGGCGGUGAAUGGUCCGACAACGAUUCGGAUGACGAUGAUGACCAUGAUUUCAUGAAUAUUGGCAAUGAACGCGACGAUAAUGCCGCCACCAGCACCGACGACGAGGAAACACUCGAGCUGAAGCGCAUCACGCGUGCCAAUACCGACUUCAACAUGAACAAUGGCAAUUUGUUGGGCGAUCCACAAGAGAAUAUUAAGCGUUCAUUUGCAGCGCUCAAGCUCGGCGCACCACAGGUCGAUAAGGAGGGUAAAAAGCAAACGCUUAAAAUAAAUGUUACACCAUUUGGAGCCACAACGUCCACUGACAACACCAAAACAGCAACAUCAGCGAUAACCGCCACAACAGUAAAGGCUAAAUUUGAGACGAAAGUGAGUGAACCGAGUGAGCCGACAAUGGUGGUCAAACAGUGUGCAACCGUUGUUAAGUCAAUAAAGAAGACUACAACGGCAGCACCACCAGCGACAACCAUAGCGAAUGCAACGAAAAUAACAACAACAGCAUCGACGAAAACAACAACAUCUUACAUGACAGCCAGCGCAAAUGGUUUGUUGAGCUCGGCGCAAGCUAAACAAGAAGCUUUGGCGGCGAGCGAUAGCGAUGGCAAAAAUAGUCCACCCAUCGAACGCGCCAUGGAAAAAUCGCUAUUGGACGAGAUUUCCGAGACGUUGGAAAAGAAACAGAGCGAAAGCAAAAAACUGGCUAGCGAAAAGGAGGUGUCCACUACCUCAGUCACAAGCAGCGGUAGUGUAAGCGCGGCCAGCGCCACGAACGGCACGCUCUUAACUGCAACCGCUUCCACUGCCGUGCCGUCAAAGAUUAAAUUCGAGAUUAGCAGCUUGAGCGACGCUGUGGAGAAUAAGCCAUUUCCUGAACUUAAGAAGCCGAUCGCACGCAAUCCACCUAUUACAAAGGAUCAUACCAAACCCAAAAUAAAUGUCUUCCAUAAAUACUCGGACAGCGAUAGCAACUGCUCGGACAACGAGAAUGGCAUCUCGGCAUACUAUGAUGUUGUUGAAACACAAAUAAGCUACGAGAAUCUACCAGACGGCAAAUGUGAUGCGCAAGAUAAGCCGAGUGCGGCCAAUAUCGGAACAGCCACAACCGCAGCUGCAGCGGAGAAUAAGUGCAGCAAGAAUGCAAGCAGUAAGAACGACACUGCCAUCUUCUCCAGUUCGCAAUACAUCACGGACAUGUUGCUGUCGUCGAAGACACGCGCUGCCUCAUACAAUCUGCACGAAGGCAACUUUAUGACCAGCAAAAUAACAUCCGACGGACUGAUUGUAACCAAGUGCAGCUCCGACGAUGCGCUCGAUUCGACGGGCAGCAGUUUCGACGGCAGCAGUGAUGAGGAAACCUCAUACAAUAUGAUACGCAGUGAAUCGGACUCUGGCAUCGGCAUCAGCAUUGGUAACGAGUACAAAAAUAAUAACGCUGAAAAGGAACGCGUGCGUGUCGAGAAGAAGCUAAGUGUGAGUACUAACAACUCAGACUACGAGGAUAUCCAAGUGGCGAAUCAAACCAACACAACAACCACAGGCAAAAUCACAACAAAAGUGACAACCACAACAACAGCAACAGCUAAAGCGAAGACAGCUUUCAUAUUGGAAAAGAGCAGAGAGCUACAUGGUGAACCAGACGGUAGUGCAGAUCCAGAUGGCAGUCUGGAAAACAAAGAGUCGAAUGCAACACAACUGCCAGCAUUGCCUAAAUCGCCGCCACCCACGAAACUGAUCGAUGCGCGUCCCUCCUUCUUACAUGGUCUGCAGAAGCAGCAUCCACCGAUUUUGCUGAAGAAACCGGAUCUUCCCGCAAAGCCGGUGGUGUCGCCAACAUGCACACCAUUAAAAACAUUUGUUAGCAAACGCACGCCAACGAAUGCCGAACAACAAGUCAUCAAUCAAUUACACUUGGUGAUGUCAAAAUCCAAUGAAAACCUGAACUUGAGCUCAGUGACGCCAGAGACACUGAAAGAUGAUGCAAAACUAAAGAAGGGCAGAGCGCCAAAUCCGCCGCCCGAACAGAAAACUAGCGCGCCACCAACGCCAGAACGCGACUACAAUAUUGCGCUAGAAUUCGAGAAAGCACGCACCACAACAGCCGCCGAUGUUGCCGUAGAGGAGAAGUUUACCAAAAAAGUCGCCAAUGCAGAACAACAAUCGGCGCCGCCAACAGCUCAACCACAAACUGAACCCGAGAAGAAAGCAAAUAAUGAGCAGAGUAUUGACGCUAAAAUGUCAGUUGAUCGCUCAGAAGCAGACAAGUCGAAUGUCACAACUUCUCAGUCGACAAGCGAACAAACAGCAACAGCCAUAGCCGCCACAGCAGCCGCUGCCAAUGCGGCCGUAGCUGCCGUGGCUAAUCCAAACAUCAUUUAUACGCGCAAAGUAGCGUCAACAACCGCAACAAACGCUGCGCACAGCAGUCUUACGAAUAGCACGAAGAACACCGCUUCGCCGGUUAUACGAGAGAAGGACAAACGUGAGCGCGCCACAGUCAAUCCGAAAUUCCGCAGCCUCAAUACAUUUGUGACGCAACGCAGCAAUGCGCUGAAGAACAUGCAACUGCAAACGGCCACAUCAUCGCUCAGCCUCAAGCAAUCGCUUACACCAGAGCCACUGCCGAAGAAUCACAAGAACCUGUCUCUGUCCGAGGAAUGUCUGCCCGAUGUGACACAGACCAACAUGACGGUGAAUCUGCCAACUUUACCGCCGACAAGUGACAAAAAAUUGUUGGCGUCGCAACAGCAACCAACGCCGCCACAAAAGACCAAGACGAAAUUUUCGAUUAAGAAAUUCCUGCGCAUGGGUGCCAGCAAAACGACCGACAAUCUGCACAAAAAAGAUGGUAUCUACUCGGAGAUUUGUACGGGCGAGGAGGCGGGUGUUGUGGGUAAGCCACGCUUAGUGAUCAUUCAUCCGAUCGACAUUAAUCCGACCGCCGUAGAAGUUGUCAAAGACAUAACUAAGACCAGCGACGCGGUCACAGCGCAAACAGUGGCCGUGGUGACGGCCAAACCACCAGCGCCGCCCUUGCGCAACAUGGACACACAACGAUCGCACGAGCUAAACAAACCGGCACGUCCGCCGCCGCCAAAAAGCGCCGAGUUGCGUCGGAAGCAAGCAAGCAUCGGUCUAAAUGCCGUGUCUAUAUCAGUGACGGACUCGCCGGUUGGACGCAAGCCAGGCGGGUUAAGUACGUGCGAUGCAGGUGGUUCUAUAAAAUCAAAGUCGGACAAUGUUUAUGCCAAUUUAGGCGAAAUUCGCUCAUCGAUUGCACCGCGCAAGCCAGAGCGUACGGCCAGCAUGCGGGAGCGUGAAGCACAAUUGGAAUUGGCACGUAAACGACAUGCCGGGACGCGCAAUGAAAACGCUGAUACUAUCUCGAUUUGCUCGUCAAAUGGCGAUAAUGUAUCGUACGAAAAUAACAGCAACAACAACCAUGCAUACACUUCAACCAAUCCCAAUGGUGCAACCGCCACCAACACUAACAACAACAACAACAAGCGAAACACAAACGCAAACAACUCCACACAAGCAAUGAGUCCACAACUUUCGCUAGCCGACAGAGCUGUCACACCCACAACAACAACAAUCGCAGCGGGUGAUGGCAAACCACCGAUCGGCAGCCGUACGAGUACUUUCGAGCGUCGAAAAAGCGACCCAAAAAUUGCAAUCGCCAAUAAAUUGGAAAUUUUCGAAAAUCGCACGGCUGGCAACACCAGCACCAGCAGCGCUUCGUCCGCCGUCAGCCACAAUGAAGUGCGUCCGACCAGUUUGAAGGAUUCGGUGCGUAAAAUUAACAGCACGAUUGACAGUUACUUGAAGGACAAACGCGAUUAUGAGAAUAUGUAUGAAAUGGUGAAGAGUCCCUCGUCGCCACCGCUGCCGCCGACACGUUCCGUGGAUUUGACUGGUGGCCAGCGCGUGCUGCCGCCACGUCGUAACAAUAACAACAACAAUAUCUAUUCGGACACCAUGUCGGUGGCGAGUUACACGCGCAGCGAGUAUGGACCGGGACGCAAUUACGGAUUGAACAAUAGUUUAGCCAACAUUCCACGCAUUAUUUCCGCUUCCUAUUGUGGCAGUGAAGCCGGCGAAUUCGAGAUUUAUGCGCCGUACAGUUAUUACGGCAGCGAGGCUGGCGGUGAUGUAGCUACAGACAUCAAUGACAGCGUAUGGGGCAUACCAUCGGCCAUCAAAAAUCGUGCAAAGGCUACAAAUCGUUUGCGAAUGCGCAAAGGACGCAGCGUCGUGCACAAAACCAUAGAGGACAACUACACCGCAGUAGUUGUGGCCAACCAUGAGGCUUUGGCGCAGGUGCUUGAUCAGCUCCAGCAAACACCUGUCAUACCGGCUGCGCUCCGACCUCUAGCCAAUGCCAUUAAUUUACGGUUCGAAGAUUUCACCAUACUGGAUGGUGCACAAGCAUUUGUUGUCGGCAAGAAAGCAUUCCAUGCGGCGCUGUGGACCACAGCACCCGUCACAUUGGCGCUCUCGGCCGACUGCAACCAACUCUCCGGUGUGGGUGGCGAAUUGAGUCAGCUGUCGGGUGGCGUUAGCGGUGUACUCAAUCCCAUAACGGAAUUUUGCGACGUAGUGCCCAGCUAUCACUUGCCCCUCAUGCCCUCAACGGCAGUGACUUUGCUGCAGGCCACAAUAUCGGUGCUGCCACGCUUGCAAUUGGACACGCUGCAGUCGAUCGGCGCCAUAUUAAAGGGAAAAUCACAUGUGCUCGACAAGAGUAAUUUCAAUUUCCGCGGCUCCAUACCGAACUUGGCCGCUACCGGCCUAAAGGACAGCGCUGGCGUGAAUGCGCUGCGCAAUGUGAUGUCCGUGCAGAAUUUGAGCACACUCAACGAGGAGUCUUCACUCGAUAAGUGCGGUGGUGCGUCGCUGGAGUCGGCGUCAGAUAAUACAGCCACAGCGGCGGGCAUGCCGGCAUUUGACGAUGUCAUGACACGUGAAGUGGCUUUCAUAAUGCUGCAAUUGGUGAACGGCAUGAAGAAUUUGCAAGCGAAGGCGAUCGAAGAGAUGCCGCUGAGCUUGUCCAAUGUAGUGCUGUCGAAGGAUGUAGAGAACAAGGAUGCGCAGGCACGUCUCUGCGUGUUGCAAGGCAACAAUAAUGAUGAGGACGAAACCAUGGGCACACUGUGCAAAUGCGCACACAUCGCGCUCACCGAACUGUUGCCGUCCACCAAGAUCACACCCAUCCUAGCCGACAUACUCUUGCAAGAACGCGCCGAAUCUUUAUCAAAAUCGAAAUCCGUCUUGGAAUUUGUGCUCUGGGGUCCAUCCGAUGUUGUGCUCUCUGGCUCCACGAAAGAGCGCGAACUGGCGCUGCAGCGUUGGUUGGAUUUGGAGCGCGCCACCGUCUUGCAUGGUUUAGUGCGCACGCGUGUCGAGCUCACCGUCUACGAUGAGUGUCAUUUGAUGUUCUUGGUUCGUUCAACGGCGAAAAUGAUGAACGAUGCGGCGAAAAUUGUCUGCAGCUAUCAAAAACCGACGACGGAACUGUCGCAGUCGCAGCAGCGCCAACAAGUGGAAUAGUGUUGCGAAAGAUGCGUAUGUAAAUACAUAUAUAAUUUUUUAGCUGAAGUGGUUGUUGUAAUGUGAAUUAGUUUAAAAAAAUUUAGAUUUAAGCAAAAUAUUUCACGUAAAAUGUGUAUGAAAAUAGAACUACAAAAACUCUAAAUUCUUUAUACGAGUCGAAGAAUGUGUAUGAAAAUCGAACAAAAAAAAUUCGAAAUUAUUAUUUAAAUCGCAGUUCGAAAAUGUUUAUAUACAUGUGUAUAAACAUAUAUGUGCAUGCAACAAUGUUAAAAUAUGUUUGCAACAUUUUGUUGUAAACUUUUCGUCAACAUUUAUACUUAAACUAAGUGUGCCUGUGCAAAAAACUUUUGAAUUUUUACUGAAUUUCAAGUCUCGAUAUUUUUUUCAAAUAAUUGUUU